GAUUUACUUAAGGUCCGCGUCUGGUAAUUAAUAUUAAAAAAAUCAAAUGCAUUUGUUUUAAAAAUGGAAGUCGGUAAAGUAUUUAAUAGUUUCAAUGAACUUAAGCAGGCAAUUGAAGAGUAUGAAAAAUCAAGUUUUAUAUCAUUAUAUGUUCGCGAUAGUCGAACCAUUGAGUUAGCGAUCAAAAAAGGUUUGAAGCGCUCUAUUAAUAAGGAAUUAAAAUAUUAUUAUUUAACAUAUUGUUGUUAUCAUGGUGGGCGCCAGUUUAAGUCAAGAUCAAAAGGUAUUCGUCCAAAUCAAAGCACAUAUAACAUCAAAUGCCCGUUUACUAUUUGCAUUGGAGUCACUGAAGAUGGAGAGCAGUUCUGUGUUGUUAAAGUUAUUAAUGAGCACAAUCAUCCAAUUGAUAAAAAACUGGUUGGACAGUUCUUGGUUAAUACAAGGAUACACGUAAAAUAACACCAGCUCGUCGUCUGCUCCUAUGUUGAGGAAAAAAUAAGAAACAAAAGACCACCUAACACUGUUAAAUUCUUGUAAAUUUAAAUGCCUACAAAA